AUGAAAGAGUUUGCACAAUAUCGAAAUAAAGAUGAUUUAAGUCCUAUUCUAUUGAUUCGUGAAACUAUUGAAGAGACAGAUGUCUUUCAAUUUUAUCCUUGUUCAAACGUGGUAGAAAUAACGCUUAAUAAUGUGUUUGUUAAGAAAACCUUAUCUUCGUUUGACAUAUUAGGGACACUAGAUAUCGACGAAAUUUCUAAUCUUGUUAGAAGAUGCGCUUUGAUAUAUGAUCUCAAAUUAGACACUUCAGUUUUUGACGAAGCACUCAAAACGAAAAUACUAUUUGGCUGUGCGUCUUCUACUUGCAAUUCCUGUGUAUUAACAGUAGCUACAAAAGCUGAACGGGUUGAUGAAGCGUGCAGUGAUGUUGAUCAAACGCUUGCUAAUGACUCUCCUACUUUCAGUGAAGAAGAAAUCGAUGCUAUUGUUGGUCGGACGUAUACUACACGAGGCGUUAAACGCUCUUAUGAAGAAGAUCCUAUUGUAGUUGAACCAAAUAGAAACAUGUAUCGUCACAACAAAAUGAUGAAAGAUAAAAGAGAUUUACUACAUUUGAAAGACACACAUUAUCUUACAGAUUCUGCUUUAAAAGCCAUUGUUCAAUACGUUCAAAGUAAAAAGAAACUUUUUUCUAUCAAAGAAAUAGAGCGACUUAGGAAACGAACAAACAGUAAAUUUCCUAUCAUACAUACUAAAACGAGUGCGUAUGUUAGAUUUGAAUAUGCUGUACGUGCAGCUAUAUUUGUUGCGCGAAAAUACGAACAUAAACUCGAUCAAUUCGAUAUGCUUAACAUCCGUUUCAACAUGGAUGGUACUUUGAUAGGAAAUAAACAUAUAGUAGCAAUAUCUAUCAAUUGUAUCGAGGGCGGUAAUCAAUGCCAAGCCGCUAAGAAUCUAAUCCCACUAGGUCUUUUUGAAGUACAAAAAGAGAAUACAGAGUUACUGCGUCAGACUUUACCAUUAGAAUUUGUAAAUGACAUUAAAUCUGUGAAAUAUAUUUCUAUAGGAGCAAAAAAUAUUAGUACACGUGUCCGACUAGGUGGUGAUCUGAUGAACGCAGUUUAUGUCUACGGACUCGCUGGAUUCAGCUCUAAUUAUCCAUGUAUUUUUUGUACACAACAUAAAGAUGAUCUUCAUGUAACUGAUGACACAGAGUACGACAAAACUGUCACAGAAGGAAAAGGAAAGAAUAAGCAAACGGUUACUAUCCAUGUAGGUUCUACUUCGUAUCAUGAUUCGACUAAACGAGCGCGUUCUCUUGCUGAACAAACCUUGUGUUUGGCGAAGAAUACUAAUGAAUUAGGUUACAAAUGCGAACCUCUUUUCGGAGAUCUUUUCGAUUAUCAGGAUUAUUGUGUGGAUACUCUUCACAUGAAACUAAGAGUUUUUGACGUUAUCCUGAAAGACAUUUUAACUUACGCUUCUCGUACUGGUAAAUAUGGAGCUGAACACGUAGCUAUCAUCGAGCGUAAAAUAAAGAUUCUGAAUCAACACUGCGAAAGAACUGUAGGCAAACGUUUUUUCUUUCAAAUCGAAACGGAUGAUAAAAAUAAAACGAUUUCUUCUCACGGCAAACUAUCAGGCCAUCUUCAAGAUCUUUUCUUUGUUGACAGCUUUCCUUAUGACGAUAUUCUCAAUGAUGACAUUGCCAAGUCUGCUCGUAUAGUUGUUAAUAAAUUUAAGGAAAUUCUUGUUGAAGUUAAACAUACUUCUAUGCGAAGAAAAGGUGUUCUCAAACGUUUAUCGCUUGAGUUCGUUAAAGAAUUUCGCCAAAGUGGUCUUCGAACGACUGUUACGCCUUAUAUUCAUAUAAUCGGUAAUCAUCUAUUUGAAUUCGAUGAAUUCAAUAAUCUUGGAGAUUACAAUAUGCAAGGCGUCGAAAAAAAUAAUGAUCUACUCUCGCGUUUGUAUUUCUCCUCUACAAAUCCAGCGAAAAAUCCGCUUCUUACUAUGCUUCAAAAACUGUUUCGAAUGCUUGAGAUGAACUUUCAAGAUGAGAAAGAGAGAGAAGCAAUGGCUCGAUUUGCUCGUACAGGUGUAUACGAUUUCGCUGAAGAAGAUUCAAGUGAAUCUGAAUCUCGUUCUGAAGAUCAUAGCUCUUCUCUGAGUGAAAACGAAGGUGCCGAUGAACAAAGUGAAAGUGAAUCGGAGGAAACGAUAUCCACAUCGAAAAGAGGUGUCGUAGAUGAAGUCGUAGAUGAAGUCGAUGACGAAAUAGAUUCAGAAAAGUCAGAGGUCUGGGCACCAGAAAAACGAUUUCCUAUCAAAGUUGCACCUUGUUCUCAAAAUCGAUUUAAAAGCUUUCGAAGAUCGUAA